GAAGUGACUCAAAAAAUCUAAUAUUUCUCCCUGGCACUAGACCUAGACACAGGCGCACAGUAAAUCUUCUCUAUAUACCCAAACAACAGUCAUUCGUUUAUCCCAGUUUGUUUUAGCUGUGACUGCAGCAUCCACAAAUAUAUAGAAGCAUCUCUCAGUUGAGUUGAACUAGUGCUGUUCAGUAGGCUAGCUGUCAAACAUUUUGCGUGCCGGGUGGUCGAUAUUAGACCAAGAAGAAACACUUCGAAUUGCGUGGAAGCCCAAAGGAGAAAAGAUGCUACCGACUCGUGUGGGAAUCACCGGGCUGACAGCAUGUUGCCUGGUGUUGCUCUCCCACUGUUUUGCUCCUACAGAUGCUGCGUAUACAUGUGGGACAAGUCAGUUCAGGUGUGGCAACGGGAAAUGUAUCACCAGCCGGUGGGUGUGUGACGGAGGUGAUGACUGUGGUGACAGAACUGACGAGCUGCCAGCCGCCUGCGAGGCUAAGACCUGCCUGCCCACUGAGUUCAGCUGCGGAGGCCCACUGAACAAGUGUAUCUCCGGAACGUGGCACUGUGAUGGCAAAGCUGACUGUGACAAUGGAGCUGAUGAGAAGGGCUGUGCCGCAAAGAACUGCACCGACAACGAGUUCCGCUGCUCCAACGGUCAGUGCAUCGCCGUCUCCUUCGUGUGCGACAAGGACAACGACUGUUCCGAUGGUUCUGACGAGACUUCCUGUCCCACCGCCACCUGCGGUCCCAACGCCUUCCAGUGUAACAACACUGUGUGUGUCCCGCGUCUCUGGGCCUGCGACGGCGACGCCGAUUGUGCCGACGGUUCAGACGAGUGGCCCCAGAACUGUGGCGGGAGGGACACCAAACCGACAACAAAGCCCUGUGGGCCACAUGAAUUCCACUGUGGGAGUGGGGAGUGUAUCCAUAGGAGUUGGAGCUGUGAUGGAGGCAAGGACUGUCAGGAUAAUUCAGAUGAAACCAACUGCAGUCGGCCCACUUGCCAGCCAGAUGAGUUUCAGUGUAAUGAUGGCUCCUGUAUCCAUGGUAGCCGUCAGUGUGACCGGCAGCUUGACUGCAGGGAUCUGAGUGAUGAGAUGGACUGCAAGAGCGUGGAUGCGUGUGAGGGCCCGAAUAGCUUCAGGUGUAAGAGUGGGGAGUGCAUCACCGUGGACAAGGUGUGCAACAGACAGAAAGACUGCCGAGACAUGUCCGACGAACCUAUCAGGGAGUGUGGCAACAACGAGUGUUUGACCAAUAACGGCGGUUGCUCUCACACCUGUACCGACCUGAAGAUUGGCUUCAAUUGCUCCUGUCCUGCUGGGUACAGUCUGGGGAAGGACAACAGGAAAUGUGAAGACAUUGAUGAGUGUGCUGACCCAGACACCUGUACCCAGAUCUGUGUGAACAUCCUGGGAAGUUACAAGUGUGAGUGUGAGGAGGGCUAUGAACUGGACCCCAAGACCAAGACCUGCAAGGCUGCCACAGGUACUGUCCCCUACCUGUUGUUCACCAACCGCCACGAGGUGAGGAAGAUGACUCUGGACCGUAGAGAGUACGUCCCUCUCAUCCCCAGACUGAAGAACGUGGUGGCCCUGGACAUGGACAUGCCUGGACACAAGAUCUUCUGGUCUGACCUGUACCACAGGAAGAUCUACAGCGCCGACAUGAACUUGGCAGGGAACUCCUCCCACCACAACGUGGUGAUUGACAGCCAGAUGGAGUCGCCGGAGUGUCUGGCCGUCGACUGGAUUCACGGUAACAUCUAUUGGACGGACAGUGUGCUCCAGACCAUCUCCGUGGCAACCACGGACGGAACACGGCGAAAGACACUGAUCAGCGAAGGACUGGAGAAACCAAGAAGCAUCGUGGUGGACCCAGCCAAUAACUUCAUGUACUGGACUGACUGGGGCAACGAGGCCAAGAUCGAGAAGAGUGGGCUGAACGGAGCCGACCGCGUCGCCUUGGUAACGGACAACAUCAUGUGGCCUAACGGCAUCACUCUUGACAUGGUUAACCAGCGUCUGUACUGGGUGGACUCUAAGAUGCACACCCUCUCCAGCAUCGGCGUAAACGGAGAAGGACGACACACACUCAUCUACAACGAGGACAAGCUGGCUCACCCCCUCUCUCUCACCGUCUUCGAGGAGAAAGUAUUCUGGACCGACAUGGGUGACAGAGCGGUCAUGAGCGCCAACCGCCUGACAGGAAAUGACAUCACUGUACUGGCGGAGGACCUGAUGCAGCCAGAGGACAUCAUUGUAUACCACAACCUCAAGCAGCCCAUCGGAAAGAACUGGUGCACAGAGAAAAACUUUGUGAAUGGAGGUUGUGAGUUCCUAUGUCUACCUGCUCCCCAGAUCAACCAACACUCCCCCAAAUACACCUGUGCCUGUCCUGAUCACAUGACCCUCGGCCUGGACAUGAGGAAGUGUGUGGCAGCUCCAACAACUACCGCUCCCUCCACCACUCCCAAAACUGCAGCUCCCAUCCCUACCAGGGCCCCAACCAAACAGCCAGCCGGCCCCACUUCCACCACAACUACAACUACCUCAACUACCUCCUCCGGCCGCCGGGCCCAGCCUCAGGACCCUGAUAGGUCCUCGACCACUCACAGUCCACAGGAAACUGCGGUCACAGGUCAAAGUGGCUAUGUUGCCAUGCCCAAAGUAGCUGAGGCAUCACACCAUACUGUGCUCUACAUUGUCUUACCUAUCAUGAUGAUGUGCCUGGUGCUGUUUGGUGCAGUGUUGCUAUGGAGACACUGGAGGCUGAAGAACACCAACACCAUCCACUUUGACAACCCCGUGUACCAGAAGACCACAGAGGACGAGUUGCACAUCUGUAGAAACCACAGCCAGGACGGAUACACCUACCCACAGAGACAGAUGGUGAGCCUGGAAGAAGACCUGGCAUGACUAGUAGAAGAAGAAGAACAAGUGGAUAUGAAGAAUUGUAUUUAAAGAGAGAUUUUUGUUUGAAAAAGUGACAAACAUAAACCGAUGGAGGUCAUUUUAACCCUAAUGCUACUGACACGUCCUUUCCAAUCCUAUGAUGAUGACCUCAUCUCGAUGACCUAAGUUCCUGGCUUCCUGUUCCGAAGAUUCCGUUCCGACCUCAACACUGUGCUGCCAUCCAAGACGAA